UGAUCGUAACACAUGCAUAUAUUGCUUGUUUGGUUUUCUGUUAUUAAAUAACAUUUUUAAUUUUAAUUAUGAAAUAUGCAUAAAGCAAUAGGUGUUCUCUGGUAAUAUGCAUAUUCGGGAUCGAACAAGAAAUGUUUGAAAUCGAAUCCAGCCAUCCAGAUUUUGAAGGAUACUAUAAUUACAAUUCUUUAAAUGGUAUAGAGGUAUUGGAAGGCAGCAAACUGAUGUAUGACAACUUUUUUAAAAAUUACAUGUUACCAAACAUUCCUUGUGUAAUCAAAGGAGUUACAAGUAACUGGAAGUCGUCACAACUUUGGGUAAAAGAUGAUGCACCGAAUUUCCAAUAUUUAAGUGAAAAGUAUGGAAACAACAAUGUAACUGUUCACAAAUGUUCUGAAAGAUAUUACAAUUGUCAAAAAUCAUAUAAAACUACUUUGACUGAUUAUUUAGAAUAUUUCCAAGAAUGCACAUCCCAAGAUUCCAAUCCCUCGAAAUUGGAAUAUUUGAAAAAUUGGCAUCUAAAACUGAAAUAUCAAGAAGAUGAUUUUUACGAAGUUCCAAUUUUCUUCGCAUCAGAUUGGUUGAAUGAGUAUUACACACACUGUUCAGACGAUGACUAUCGAUUUGUAUAUAUGGGCCCGAAGGGCACUUGGACACCAUUCCACGCAGAUGUCUUUAUGUCUUAUAGUUGGUCCGCCAAUGUUUGUGGAAGAAAGAGAUGGCUCAUUUUUCCACCAGGCGAGGAAAUUUACUUGAGAGAUGUAUUUGGAAAUCUACCAUAUGACAUCGAGAAUGAAAAUCAUUCCCAGAAAUUUUUCGAAGUUAUCCAAGAAAAAGGAGAUGCAAUUUUUGUGCCAUCUGGAUGGCAUCACCAAGUCUGGAAUAUUGAAGAUACCAUCUCAAUCAAUCACAACUGGAUUAAUGGGUGUAACAUAAAAAUGAUGUACGAUUCAUUGAUAACAAACUUCAUUGCUGUUCAGAAAGAAAUUGAAGACUGCAGGGAAAUGGAAGAUUUUGAAGAACAUUGCCAACUGAUGUUAAAUUCAUCGUUUGGAAUGGACUUUCAUAAAUUCUAUGAAUUUUUGAAAUUUAUUGCCUCUUCACGAAUUGAUAUGAAGAAAGGAACAUCACCCAAAACUUCAUUCAUUGGGCACAAGAUAGGUCCUAAUCACAUUUUAUUCGAUUUGAAAUCUGUUAAAACUGUUUUGGAACUAUUUAUUAAUUUAGAAGAAGUCAAUAGUUUGAAAUAUUUUAUUGAUACUGAUGUUAAACCAUUAGAGUUACUGCAUCAAGUUACAGUUGUUUUAGAUACUUGAUGUUGGAAAGUUUGGUUUGGUUGUAAAGGUUUCAAAGUUAAUAUUCUAGCAGAAAAUGAGGUACUAAUCAUUGACUUGGCCUCGACGAAAGAAGAUUUAUUGAAAACAAUAAAGACAAAACUUCAGUGUCGGAUAGAUCAACCAUCCUUUAUCACGACAUGAGUUCAAUCAUGACUAUGACGUGUUACAUUUAGAAAGAAAAGUUUGAAACUUAUCUACUGAAUGACCAAAUAGAAUUGAAUAACUCAAAGUUACUGAAUUUUUUUCAAAUGUGGAAACUGGUUAAUAACUGAUAAAUAGGCUCAUGGAUUUUCAUUCAUUACAUGUUUAUUCAAAUGAGUUUGUACACUUUUUAAUAUUUUCUUAUGAUGAUGUUGAUCAAUUUAUUCUCAAAUUCAGAUACUUGAAAUUCAGCUUUUUAAAAUUGUAAAAACAUAUGAAGCAAUGAAUAUGAAGGUUUUGGUUAUUAAGGACACAGAUGAAGAAUCUAUUUUAUAGCAGAACACAAGUUGCUUUUUUGUAAAAUUAUAAUGAUAAUCUCACAAUAAAGUGUUUCUUGAAUAGUUA